AUGCUCAAGCCCAAGGACCUAUGCCCCCGAGCGGGCACGCGCACUUUCCUGGAGGCUAUGCAGGCGGGCAAAGUGCACUUGGCCCGCUUUGUGCUGGACGCGCUGGACCGCAGCAUCAUCGACUGUCGCGCGGAGCAGGGUCGCACGCCGCUCAUGGUGGCCGUGGGGCUGCCGGACCCCCAUGGCGGCGAGGCUGGCUCAGCGGGCAAGAGCUCGGGCCGGCACCGGGCGCAGGGCAGCGAGCGGCCCGAGCUGGGCCGGAGCAUGAGUCUGGCGCUGGGGGCUGUGACCGAAGAGGAGGCGGCCCGCCUACGGGCGGGGGCCCUGAUAGCACGACCAAACUCGCCUCAGUCUUCCGGGACUGGGCGGUGGCGCUCACAUGAGGUUCUGGAGGGAGCGCCCACAACCUUAGUGCAAGCCCCCAUCGGCCUCAGCCCCCACCCGGAAGGCGGCCCCGGCUCUGGUCGCCUGGGUUUGCGCCGACGCUCCACAGCCCCAGACAUCCCUAGCCUGGUCGGGGAGGCGCCAGGGCCCGAGAGUGGCCCGGAGUUAGAGGCCAACGCUCUGCCCCUCUCAGUGCCUGGGCCUGAGCCUUGGCAGGCGGGCACGGAGGCUGUGGUGCUGCACGCUCAGCGGUAAACAGCGCCGAGCCCCGAGCCCUAUUCCCCUCCACUUUCCCGCCUCUGCUCCACUGGCAUUUCUCCCUUUCUUCCAGGUCCCUCACUUUCUCGCAGUUGGUCCUCUCCCCCCACCGCCGCCAUCUCGAAACUUGUCCUCGCUGCCAAAGCGGGAUCUCCACCAGCUCUCCACCAGAAAUAAGAAAGGGACCCCCAUCUUACUUUUUCUGUGCUCGUUGGUAUUCCCCGGUAGGUCUUUCAGCUUCACUACGGCCUGCCUCUCCUGUCCCUGGUAGGCGAGGUGUUCCAUAGGCUACAGCCUUUCAGCCAGGAAGGUGAACCCCCCUC